UAUCUGCGAGAAUCUUGGAAGAGAAGCGCGUCUUGAUCACCGGUUUGGACUCUUGUUCAGUGAAGAUAGACUGCGUAGCGAUGGCUGAUGUCAUCGAAAUAGCGGACGUGCCCCAAUCCACAUUUGCAAGGUGCUUCCUGGGAGACCAUCGAGCCAAACAAGAAGACCAAGAAGCCGAUUUUCUCGCUCUGGGAUCUCUUGUGCAUUAUAUGAUCCAUAAUUGCUCUGAUGACGUGUCGAAUGAGCUUGUCCAGUUUGGGAAAGCCUUAGCAGACGGAUCCAUGUGCACAAUGAACAAGAUCAUCGCGAGCCUGGGCACUCGGGUUUUCGAGUACAUGACCCUUUGUCAGACCCAAAAGGGUAUCCUAGAAACGGAACUCGCCAAGGAGAUAGAUAACGGUCGCCUGUUCAGAGUUCUGUACCGAUUCUUCGACAAGGUCGGGAAGUACGAUGAGCAGUUCUCCGGCACUGAUGGCGCCCAAGCACUGCAAAUGUUCAAGAACUACUUGCUCAGCCGCAAGACCAUGUACGAAGUCGUCAGUGGUCUCAACAAGCUCGACGCCGGCGUUCGGGAAAAAAUCCGAUUGGAAUCCUUCGCGGAGAGCACAGUCAAGUUCGUGAGCUACGCGGAACUCCGGCAGAUCAUGGAAGAUGAUCAAUUCAUGACGUCCCCUUUUUUCUAUCCUUUGAGCGUUUUUAAUGAUAGCGGCCUCAUGGGCUGAUUACUGUCCACUAUCUGCCAGUUCUAGAGAUCAGUGUACAACCUCAAAUAAACUCAACGGUAUUGG